AUGGCGAUGACGACGACGAUGCCGUCGACGAGCGCGCGAACGCGCGUGCGAUGCCGCGCGGCGACGGAACCGCGCAACGCGCGCGCGCCGCCGACGACGCGAACGGCGCCCAAGGUCCCGGAAGGAGCACCGACGGUGCCGCCGCAAGAUUUGCCGCAGCGACCGAGACGUAAUCGACGAUCGGAUACGGUGCGACGGGCGUUUCGGGAAACCAUUCUGACGCCGAGCAACUUCAUCUAUCCCAUCUUUGUCCACGACGAGGGCGAUGAGAACGUCCCGAUCGGGUCGAUGCCGGGACAGGAGCGAUUGAGCUUUAAGAACGGAAUGAUUAAGAAGGUUCGCGAGGCGCGCGCGAUGGGGGUGAACCAGGUCGUCGUGUUUCCGAAGACGGCGGACAACCUGAAGACGCCGUGCGGGAAGGAGGCUUUCAACCCGAUGGGUCUGGCGCAGCGCUCGAUCUCGCUGUUGAAGGACACUUUCCCGGAUUUGGAGGUGUACACCGACGUUGCGCUCGAUCCUUACAACACCAUGGGCCACGACGGCAUGGUGCGCUCCGACGGCGUCGUGAUGAACGACGAAACUGUCUACUACCUGUGCCAGCAAGCUGUCUCUCAGGCUCGCGCGGGCGCCGACGUUAUCUCCCCGUCCGACAUGAUGGACGGUCGCGUCGGUGCGAUUCGUCAAGCGCUCGAUGACGAAGGUUUCACCAACGUCUCCAUCAUGAGCUACACGGCCAAGUACAACAGCGCCUACUACGGCCCGUUCCGUGAUGCCUUGGCGUCGGCACCGCGCCCAGGCAACGAGGACUGGAAGAUCCCGAAGGACAAGGCUGAAUACCAAAUGGACCCGGCUAACUUCCGGGAGUGCUUGCGUGAGGCCGCUCUCGACGAACAAGAGGGUGCGGACAUCAUGAUGGUGAAGCCCGCGGGCGCCUACUUAGACAUCAUCCGCGCGCUUAGAGACAGCACCACGCUCCCAAUUUCGGCGUACCAAGUAUCCGGUGAGUACUCCAUGCUCAAGGCAGCCUCCGCGGCCGGCUACCUCAACGAGCGCGACGCCGUUUUGGAAUCCUUGAUCGCCAUCAAGCGCGCCGGCGCCGACUUGACAUUGACUUACUACGCGUUGGACGCCGCAAAGUGGCUCCAAGAAGGCAACUAG